AGAAAUGGAAACCUCAGCAAGCACUAGACAGUAUAGCUAUACCUUUGGUAAGGAUGGCGGCCGUCGGCGUGUCUGCACCACCCGAGCUGCUAAGGAGAGACUGAGACUAAAACCCGUACUCCUGCCCAAAACCAACACCCAAUUGAAGGUUCUGAGUGUAAACUUGAUGGAGAGGAGCACAUGUAACAAGGAUCUGCACCACACAUCUGAUAUUGAUGAGGUGGAUGGCUUGGUGGUGAGACGUGGCCAAGCAUUCAAGGUGCAACUGACACUGAAUCGCCCUUACGAUUCAAGCACCGAUGAUAUCGCUUUUGACUUUCAAACAGGAAAAAGCCAGAAUUUAAAGAAAACAAUACUGCUGCUUGAGUCACUUGAUGAGCCCCGCCCAUCAUUAGCUGCAGGAUGGAUGGCAGAAAUUGAGGCAAAGGAGAAGAACACACUCACUGUGUCUAUCGUUGCUUCACAUGAUGCCUUGGUUGGAAAGUACUCCCUUCAAGUACGUACUACAGUUCGGUCUGGUGGCUCUGCCAAACCCAAAAGAUACAUGUUCAAGGAGCCCCUGCCGGUCUUCCUGCUCUUCAACGCCUGGUGCGAGACUGAUCAGGUCUACCUGGAGGAGGAGGAUGAACGGAAGGAGUAUGUGCUGAACGAGAAGGGUUUCAUCUGGUACGGCAACUGGAGACAGCUGGGCAGGAGGCCCUGGGGUUUCAACCAAUUUGAGAAGACUGUCUUUGAGGCUGUUAUGUACCUGCUGGAAAAACAUGUGGAGGAUUAUGAACGUGGAAGUUCUGUCAGUGUCAGCCGUGUCAUGUCAGCAGCUAUUAACGCUCAAGAUGAUAGUGGAGUCUUGACUGGUCGCUGGGACGGCGAUUAUCGCCCACAUGCUCGUCCUACGUCAUGGACAGGCAGCCAACACAUUCUGGAGAAGCAUUUCAAGACUAAAGCUCCGGUUCGUUACGGCCAAUGCUGGGUGUUCUCAGGCGUCUUUACUACUGUUCUUCGAUGUCUUGGCAUACCGGCAAGGAGUGUGACCAACUUCAGAUCUGCCCAUGACACUGACAACAGUCUGUCUAUUGACAGGUUUUACAACGAGAACAACAAGAGGUUGGAAAGGUAUGAAAGUGACUCCAUCUGGAACUUCCAUGUCUGGAACGAAGCUUGGAUGAGUCGUCCUGAACUCCCAGCAGGCUAUGGAGGCUGGCAGGCUGUUGAUGCCACACCUCAAGAAACCAGUGAUGGUAUCUACUGCGCCGGACCGUGCUCUGUUAAUGCCAUCAAGCAAGGCCACGUCUACUAUCCGUAUGACGCAAGAUUUGUCUUUGCUGAAGUGAACGGUGACAUUGUUAACUGGCGGGUGAAAAGAGACAGAACUACUAAAGUGAUAAAGGUCAACAGCAGCGAAGUGGGAAAGAACAUAAGUACAAAGGCAGUAGGAUCAAGUGACAGGCAGGAUUUGACUAUGGAGUACAAACAUGAAGAAGGUUCUGCAGCUGAAAGAGCUGCUGUCAAAACCGCAACUUCUUACGGAAGCAAACCUGGGAUUUAUGACUCACCUGAAAACCCAGAGGAUGUAGACGUCCAGCUUGACUUCCAAGACCUCUUCGUUGGAGCAGACUUUGACAUCAAGGUGCCAUUGACCAAUAAGAGUGAAGAAGAGCGAACAGUUUCAAUCACGGUCAUUGUGCAGGUGGUUUACUAUACUGGUGUUCUCGCUGGCAAAAUUAAAAGAAAUGAUGACACAAUACGGCUUGGACCAGGCCUCAAUCAUCAGUUGAACUUUAAAAUUGAUGCUGACGAGUACCUUAACAAGAUGGUGGACCAGUCGGCAUUCAAAGUGCUUCUUCUCGGCCACGUUGAUGAGACAGGCCAGGCAUUUGCAGAGGAGGAGGAUUUCCGUCUGCGCACCCCGGACCUUGACGUCAAGCUGCUACGGCCCGCAGCCAGUGAGGUGAAGGUGGGACAGGAGGUUGAAGUGGAGCUCAGUCUGCAGAACCCUCUGAAAAAGACGCUCACAAACUGUGAGAUAAGCGUCGACGGUUCAGGACUGUUGGCUCCUCGUGUCAUCAAACUCAGUAAAAUGGCGGCGGGUGGAACACUCACUCAAACCGUCAACAUCAAACCUAGGAAAGCUGGUGAAAGGACGCUGGUUGCCACCUUUGAAUCGGAUCAACUCUCCCAAGUGACUGGCGAACUGGAUUUGAAUGUCCUGAAGUCUGAGUAAUGUGGUGUUAACACUUAGGGGUGCAGACCAGCCUCGUAGAGUGGGGUGCAUACUGCGGUGAAGUACAUCACAUGCAUGCACCAGACAGCAGGAGAGAUUAGUCAAGUGGACAAAAAUAUCCACUCUAUUUUUCUAAGUCUAAAAUUAAUAUCAUCAUCUCAUUGCAACUUAAAAAGCUGCUGUUGUAGUCGAGCAUUGUAAAUUUUCGCAAGGUGCACGCAUGAAAGUGAAAAUAAGGCUUCUUGCAUGCGUUACUGCAAGUACAUGUAGCACUGUACUGUGCCCAGAAAUUCCAAUUUAGGGAAAAGCUUAUGCAGCUCCCAGUCUACAAGUGUGGCACUCAGACAAGGGGUGUACUUUUGAAUCCAUUAGAGUGAUUACUUUAGGCUAAAAAUAAAUAUAUUUUUUUACUGUAGGUACCUCCCACACAUCCAACAGUGCAACCAAAGUGGGAGGGAGUACAGUACAGAUUAUCAUGAACAGUGCUCCUAGCAUAAGAGAUCAAGCCGCCACCCCAAUCCCAUUUGAUUUUUGUUUCAAACUUGCAACGGCUGGUAAACAAAUAUAAGUGAGCUCCCCCCCACCCCACCCCCUCCACCCCCACUCCUUCCACCCCACUCCUGACAAAUCCAUGGUGCUCCACUAGCUGGCCUCAUUUGGUCACCGCAGACAACCGUUUACAUACUCUUGUAAUGGACUACAUGUAGAUGACAUUUUUUUCAACUAAGAUGACCACCCCCUUGGGCUCCAACCCAAGAGAGGAACCCAUGAGAGUUAUUGUUACCACUUUUAAGAGCCCUGUGGAUGGAACAUGCCGCAUACGCGGACUCACUUCGAAAGCGUGAGGUAUGCACAACUCUUUUUUUGGAAUGUGCACAAAGCCAUAGCAUAAUUUUGUGCAUGAGCAUCAGCGUCAUCAUCAUGCGUCAUUAGCAAUGCUUUUUAAUGUCACUCCCAGUGGUCCUCCCAACUCUCCCUUUUGUACCGUUGAGGGGGUACCUGUGCGCAGACUUCAUUAUAGCUCCAUGGUACGUUUGAUCAUCAGUCAGGGAUUCCAUGCAAAAGUACAUGGGCCAUUGAUGCACAUCUGUGACCUAUUUAAGUGAGCUUAUAAGGACACUCACUUUUCUGUUUGCUGAUCGUCCCAAUGUAAAUUAAAGGAAGGCUAUCUGUCAGUAGGACAGAUGUGGCCCAUCAGGCUGGUGUGUAUCUCCAGUUUCCUAGGCAUGAAACGACUGAGAAUAUUUCUAUUCCCAGAUGGGAUGCCAGUCCAUUGCCAACUAAUGGCGGUACCCAUGUAUACUCCUGGGUGGAGAGAGGCAAAGUGAGGUAAAGUGCCUUGCCCAAGGACAUGAUUAUGGCCAACAGCUGUAUUGGAACCCCGACCCUCUAAUCACAAGGCCUGAGCCAUAGCCACUAUGCCAUAUAAACGCAAUUAUCCAAAUGUACAUAUACCGUUUUGCUUUUAAAUGUUUUUCAUAUAUAUUUCCAUUACAUUUUACAACUGAAUUUAGUUUAAUUGAAAGUGUGAUCUUAAUCAGAUGGUUAAAAGGGCACUCCUUUUUUGCUACAUGUAUUUGUCCAAAUGUUUUUUUUAAUGUUUGUUUAAUAAAUUUUCGUCCGAUUUUACAACUGAGUUUAGCUCAUUUUGAUGUAUUAUAAAGUUUGAUCUUAAGGAACACUCCUUUUCUGUCUGCUAAUGACCCAAAUGUGCCUUUUUUUGUUCGAAAUACUUGUAUAUAAAUUUCCGUCUAAUUUUGGGACUGAAUUGAGUUUACUUGAACGAAUUAUAAAGUGUGAUCUUAAUGUUAUUGCUGAUUAUGAUAAAAGCCAGUUUUCUGCUAGCGUAAUUUACUUUUUGAACUCGAAUAGUUUGAAGUUUUGUAGAUAAAUAUGUCUGUCCAAUAUUAUCACAGAAAUACAAUUCAUGUGUACCAUUA